GGCGCGGAAGGUGCAUCCCAUCCUCUUCACCACGUGUUUUAUAUUCGUUGAAAUAUAUUUGGCCUUGUCAGCCUUCUGGCCUCCAUUCUUCAUUAACAUCAUGUUUCGUUCCUGAUCUCCCACACCCCCCUCAUCGGCCAUGGGAAUCGUUCGGACCAUCGCCCUCGUCAUUCUGACCAUCUCAUUUAUCGUCUUUGUCGCCUUAUUUGGACGACUGCCCAUUUUCAGACGAACCCCAGUUCAUUUCUUACAUUCCUUACUAUGGAUCUACAUCCCUGCUGGCCUGGGAAUCAUCGAUGAGAAACUCACCGGUCGGAGACUCACCAACAGUCUAUCUAGCCUAGCCAACUAUCUCUUCAACGAGGCUCACCCUAUCGUGCUGGUUUUCUUCGUCCUCCUUCAAGUUGCUGGAGAAAUCCUGUUCAUCCCCUCCGCCUGGAGCCGAUUCUCCCCAGUGGAGAAACUCCCUGUCCCCUUCCUAGUGGUCGCCCCAUAUCUGUUUCUUUACCUUUCAAGUACAACCUCCUCCAACAUUACGGACAAGAACCAUCAAUCUGCCAUCCGCGCCUACCCCUAUGAUUAUUGUCUCUUCCAUCCAGGCUACUUCUGUAGUACCUGCCACUUCGCCAAGCCCGCCCGCUCCAAACACUGUUCUCUUUGCAAGGCCUGUGUUCAGAGACAGGACCACCACUGUAUCUGGAUCAACAACUGCGUAGGCCGCAACAACUACCUCUGGUUCAACCUGCUUAUUGCCAGUACUGCUGCCCUGAUCGCUUAUGGCGCUCUCAAGGGUCACUCAAUCCUUGAUGCGAGACUGCAAGCAAAGUUCGUUCCCCCAGCCCUGACGAGAGGCAGUUUGACGGCCAAGAGGUGGAGCACCGCCUUAACCUGGCACCAGUGGCUACAGUGCUGGGGCUGGGCUAUCGGCGUCGAGUGGAAAAUCGGUGCUGUCAUGUUGCUCUCCGCCAUGUCCUUCCCCCUCGCCACCGCCUUUCUCGUCUAUCACCUCUACCUCGUUUGGGCAGGCAUGACUACCAACGAGAGUGCUAAGUGGGCUGAGUGGAAAGAAGACGUCGAAGACGAUUUAGUCUGGAGGGCCGAGAUUGUCCGACUACGGGAGACCUAUCCCAGACUACCUGAGGAUGUCGAGCCCUCUCAAACAGAGGGUCGCUGGCCAGCCCAUCUCACCGCCCGUUGGUGGAUGGUCAGGACCAGAGAUGGCACUCAACCUAAACACAAGACUCCGGGCAGUCAAGCGCCAGAUGAUGGAGACCCCUGCGACGAAGUCGAUGAGAGGUGGGAAAAGGUCGAGAGCAUAAAAGAAGUGGACAAUUUGUACGACCAGGGAUUUUGGGUAAACUUGGUUGACCAUCUUUUCAAUCGUGGUGGAUAGUUCAUGUAUUUUCAUAGUUGACUUGCAAUGUUCUUCACACAUGA